UCCAACUCCGACAGAACCAUCCCAACUACACAACGGAAAAAACAAAAGAAGGAAAGAGACGUUCUUGUCUUCACCUCCUAUCUGUGUAUGUAAUGGAAUUUCUAUAUGCUUGUUCUGCUUCUAACAGAGAGUUCCAACAUGGCCAACACUUCAGAGUUUGCUCAGAAGCUGUUAGAUGAACUUCGGUUGCGCAAGGAACGAAUGGCUGCAGAUCAUGCAUAUGCUUACUCCAAAACAGGCUAUAAAUCAUCCAGGGAACCAAACACACUCAAAACUAUUGGUUCUAGAGCUGGCAACUCACAAAACAGGCCUAAUGGAGGCAGGAGACCGGUAUCAAAUCAGAUUGUUCCUUUUGGGAGAGGCCAAAAAUCAGUGGUCCUGGAUUUUGCACUUGAAAAUGGAGGAAGAAGAGAUUCUACAAGCAAUAGUUCACUGUUCGAUUUUCUGCAUAAGAUUGGCAGGAAACAGAUGGACUAUGGGAAGAUGGCAAGAAGAGAUAGCAAACUCCCUGAUAUCUCCCGCCUGCGUAUCGAAGACAUAUCUAGGGGUGUACAAAAGUUAAAUCAUAUCCUCGGAGCCUGCUCUAAUGGCCUCAAAUUCGACACAUACUCGAUACAAAUUGGGCAGGAACUGUUGAAAGGGGCAAUGGACUUGGAGGAAUCUCUGAGGAUGCUUGUCAACCUGCAGGAAGAUUCAAAAUACUCAAUAACACAACGGAGAAGAAGUAGGAUAACAUUGCUGGAGGAGGAAGAAGAUGGGCAUGACGAGAAGCAAUUGGAUAUUAUGCCAAUAUUUCUUGGCAUACACUCAAGAAAUUAUAAUGACAUUCAAGGUGCUGCAAGGACUGACCUCAAGCUGAGGCUCAAGCAUCUUACCUAUUCUUCUUCUGAGGUUACUGAUUCCAAGCAUGGGAAAAAAGUUGUAUCUGCCUCGGUUGGCUCGGUUACAGACACUAAAACUCUCGUUACAUUCUCAGAACAAAAUAACUUGAGUUCCUUGCAGUGCAAACAAGAAAAAUUGAGGAUUCCAAAUGUAAUCGCGAAGUUGAUGGGGCUCGAUCAACUUCCGGGAAGUGUAGAUUCAAAUGUCACCACCACAAAGGAGUCUGGAAAGCAACCAGGAAAAGUUUUGCCAAAUAGGAAUGGAAGCACAAGGGUUGCUGUUCAUGACAAAUUACCACCUCGAAAGGACUUGGAAGACAUAAAAUCGAUGAUGAGUUCGAGAAAGGCGUUCAUCAAGAUAGGAAAACAACAAAGUGACAUCAUCCCACUGAAUCAAAACACGCUUCACAGGGGAAACAGAUAUGCUAACAAGCUUCUCCGAGGUGAUCAACAAAAGUUGCAAAUUAAUCAUGGAUUUGAACAGGUGAGCAUGCUCCAAAAAUCCGAGCUUCAAGAGAGAAGGUGA